AUGACAGUUGGAGACCGCACUCUUUUUGUGCCCGCGCAUUCGGGAGAAAGCGUUUUACCAAACCUUCCUUUCUUCCAUAAACUUCUGCGUUACGCACAUCGCACUCCUUCCCCCACCGCGAUCCGAGACUUGAACGCAGACGUGGAGAAGACGUACCAUGAUCUCCUUUCGGACGUUCUUUCUUUCCGGAAGACUCUAUAUGAAUCAAUCAGCGAUGAUGCCAGACGCGAUCUAGAGGCGGACAAGGAGGUGUACAUCGGACUUCUUGCUCCUGGAGGAUAUGAGUAUGCUGUGGGAUUCAUUGCGAUUCUAGCUAUCGGUGCAGCGGUUGUUCCUAUGGUGGCCGCUCUACCUGCGGAAGAAGCGUCUUAUUUUCUGCUUAAAGCACGAUGCGUGGCCUUGGUUACCAGUACAACAAGUGAAGUGAAUGCACAAUCAGUGCUCAGGAUUCUGAAGACGAGCAAAGGGGUGCAUAUACCCUGUGUCCUUCCAGUCGCCUCGACUUUCGUUCCUUCUGCCUCUUUUGCGGACGAUGCGACGAUUUCAUCAGGCCCAGUCCCAGACAUGAACGGAGCCGCGCUGGUGAUAUUUACAUCUGGAACAACAGGACCUCCCAAGGGCGCUGUACAACGUCGCAGUUACAUAGUUGGAACCGGCGAAGCAGACGUGGAGCAUUAUAAGAUCACAGACCAAGACACAGUUCUGCAUGUCCUUCCUGUGCACCAUGCAUCAGGCGUGGGACUGACAUUCCUCCCAUUCUUAGUAGCCGGCGCAUGCAUAGAAUUUCGAAGUGGAAGCUUCGAUACGGCAUGGACCUGGGAGCGCUGGCGACAGGGAGGUCUUACCUUCUUCUCGGGUGUGCCGACGAUAUACAUGCGCAUGAUGCGUUAUUUCGAGGAGAACAUAUCGAGCCAGCCACCGGAGGUGCGUGCCGAGUAUGCCGCGGGUGCGCGUGGGAUCCGAGCAAUGUUGUGCGGCACCUCGGCACUUCCCGGGCCCGUCCAAGACUUUUGGCAUCAGUUGAGAGGGAAGCCUAUCUUGAAUAGAUACGGAGCCACUGAAUUUGGUGCGGCAAUCAAGACAGAUCUUGAUUCGGAUGGGUCUCCGCGAAACAGCGUGGGACGUGUUGCUGAGGGUGUCUCUCUCAAGCUUGCAGAAGAUGGUCAGAUUUUGGUCAAGUGUCCAUUGAUGUUCUCCAAGUAUCUCUUUGAUGAGAAAGCAACAGCGGAUGCCCAUGACUCCGAGGGCUACUUUAAAUCAGGGGACAUUGCCCGCCGGGAGGGCAGGUACUAUUUUAUCCUUGGCCGAGCCUCGAUUGAUAUCAUCAAGUCUGGUGGGUAUAAGAUCUCGGCUUUGGAUAUUGAACGUGAGAUUUUAGGACUGGACUAUGUCUCGGAGGUCAUGGUCGUGGGGGUCGAGGACGAGGAAUUUGGGCAGCGAGUUGCAGCAACCGUGAGUCUUAAGCGGGACACCAAUUUACCAAACUCGCAUCUUUCAAUCACAAGGUUGCGGCAGGACCUGAGAAGCAAGAUGACUGGCUAUAAAAUGCCUACGGUACUUCGUGUGGUGCAAGGCGAACUGCCCAAAUCUGGGACGGGAAAGGUACAAAAGAAGAUAUUGGGACCUCACUUCUUUCCUCCAAACUACGGAGCACUUGAUGAAGUGCAAAUAUGGAGCAACACAAGAGAACCUAAGCUUUAG